AUGCCUCUUGGUAUGUCCAAGGGGUCCAGUUUCGACGUCUGGCUGGUGACCACCCUGAUGGACCUGAAGACGGUCAGCGAGCUCCUCUUGCAGACCCUGCUCACCGUAAUCGCUGCCACGAUGACAGAAAUGCUCACCAGUCACCACACCGUCACCAUACUCAUGCCCGUUGCCGUACAAUUGGCCAUCAGUCGCACGUACAACCCGCUCUACUUCGCCAUUCCGGUGACGGCCGCGGCGUCCAGCUCGCUCAUCUUCCCGACGUCCGGCGUCGCCAUCGCCCUGCUCGCCGAGAUGACCGAAAUGGGACCUCUGAACCUGCUUAUAUCCGGCCUGGCACUCAAGGUUCUCAUCGUGCUCAGUCUUUUGUUGAGCAUGAACAGCUUGGGCAACCACUUCUUCGACUGGUCCAUCCUGCCAGCCUGGGCCCUCGAUUCGACUGACAACGCUUCGAGCGUGGAAGAAGCUUAA